CAAGUAAUUUACCAAGCAAGGUUUUAUUUCUAUCACAUAUUUCACAUAGAAAACUUGAUAUGGUUCUAAACUGUCUCAUGUAGUGCAGAGAGAACAUGGUACCUUUGGAAAACAUGAUAUGAACUUACCUUGUAUUCAUAAAAGUUUCAUGGCUAAGUGGAAACGUGAUAUUACUGAACAAAGGCUUCACUUGUCCAUAUCUUAAUUCUGUGUUCUGACAGGAGGAAAAAUCCAAACUGUGGUGGAGACACUUCUAGAAACAGAAUUGCAUGAAGAGUUGUCCUGUCGGCAAAUGUUGGAACAAAUUGCAAGUGACUUAACCAGGUCUCAAGACUCCAUGCUUAGUAGCUCUCAGUUCUGCAAACAAGGUGAUAUGCCCUGCCAGGUUGAGACAUGACUAUCUGUGACUAUCUGUUAGUUACAUAGGACAGAAACCUUACCUGGGUUAUGAGCAUAAACAGUCCUUCAGUGAUUUCUCAGUCUGUGAUCUUCAUCAACAAUUACACUCAUGAGAGAAGUCUUAUAGGUGUAAUGAGUGUGGAAAAAGCAUCUGUUAUAACUCUGCUCUUCAUAUUCAUCAGAGAAUCCACAUGGGAGAAAAAAAUUGUUUUAAUUUUAUUUUUUAUUUUUAAUUUCAGCUUCCUUGUUCAUUCUUCUUUGUUUGAAGUACUCUUUUUUGUUGUUCAUUUUCUUCUUCCUCUGGCGAAGUUUUUUUUGAUGUUAGUAGAGACAGGGUUUUGCUCUGGCUCACUGCUGUUCAUACUGGUCUUGAACCUCUGAGCUCAGGCAAUCCACCUGCCUCAGCCUCCCACAGUGCUGGGACUACAGGCAUGAGCCGCCAUGCCUGGCCAGGAGAAAAAUUUUGUAAGUGUGAUGUGUGUGGUAAGGAACUCAGCCAGAGCUCACAUCUGCAAAGUCAUCAGAGGGUCCACAGCAGAGAGGAACCAUUCAAAUGUGAGCAGUGUGGGAAAGGCUUCAGUUACAGAUCAGGAGUUUAUGUUCAUCACAAAUUACACACAGGAGAGAAACCUUAUAAUUGUAAGGAAUAUGUGAAGGCCUUCAUUCAUGAUUCAAAGCUUCAGGAUCAUCAAAGAAUCUACACUGGGGAGAAACCAUUCAAAUGUGAUAUAUGUUAUAAGAGUUUCUGUAGUAGAUCAAAUCUUAACAGGCAUUCUGUUGUUCACAUGCAGAAGAAACCAUUCCGGUGUGAUUCAUGUGGCAAGAGCUUUGGUCAGAGAUCAGCACUUAAUAAUCAUUGCCUGGUCCACACUGGAGAGAAACUGUACAGAUGUGAAGUGUGUAGAAAAGGCUUCAUUAGUGGGCAAGAGCUUUAUAGGCAUCAUAUGGACCACACAGGGCACAAACCAUAUCAUUGUAAAGAAUGUGGGAAGAGUUUCAGAUGGGCUUCUGGUCUUUCAAGACAUCAGCGUAUUCACAGUGGAGAAACACCUUUCAAAUGUGAAGAAUGUGGAAAGGGAUUUUACACAAAUGCAGAGCGCUGUUCCCAUCAGAGGGUCCACAGUGGAGAAUAGCCAUACAAAUGUGAAGUGUGUGGAAAGAGUUACAAAAGGAGGUUGUAUCUUGACUUUCAUCAGAGGGCCACAGAGGAAAGAAACUCUAUAAAUGUAAGGAAUGUGGGAAGACCUUUGGUUGGGCCUCAUGUCUUUUGAAUCAUCACAGAAUCCACAGUGGAGAAAAACCCACCCCCAGGGUGCCUGUCAGCUAGUCAGCUAGAUGAAUACACAUUCUCGCUCAUAAAUGAAAGCCGAAAAAGUUGAUCUCAAAAAAAUGGAGAAUAGAAUAGUGGCGACUAGAGACAGGGAAGGAUGCAGGGAACAGCUAUUCAAAUGUGUGGAAACAUAUUUACUCAGAAUUCACAACUUUAUACUCAUCAUAGGGUCCACAGUGGAGAAAAACCAUUCCAAUGUGAAGAAUGUGGAAAAAGAUUUAAUCAGAAUUCACAGCAUUAUUCUGACUGCUGAGUCCACAGUGGAGUAAAGCCAUACAAGUGUGAGCAGUGUGGGAAGGGCUACAACUGAAAAUUUAAUCUUGACAUACAUCAGAGAGUCCACACAGGGGAGAGACCUUAUACUUGUAAGGAAUGUGGCAAGUGCUUUAGCCAGGCCUCAAGUAUUUUGAUCAUAAGAUACUCCAUAGUGGAGAAAAACCAUUCAAAUGGGAAGAAUGUGGGAAGAGAUUUACUGAGCGUUCUAAACUUCAUUUCCAUCAAGAGAGUUCACACUGGGGAAAAGCCCUACAAAGUGAGGAGUGUAGAAAGUGCUUCAGGUGGGCCUCAACUCACCUAACUGAGACUACACAGCACAGAAAAACCAUUCAAAUGUGAGGACUGUGGGGAAAGCUUUGUACACAGUUUAUAACUUAAAGACCAACAAGGAGACCAUAGCAGAGAAAAAACAUACAAAUGUGAGGCUUGUGUGAAGGGCUACAAGAGGCACUUGAAUCUUGAUAUGCUUUUAUCAUUUUUAAAUGACACAUAAUUAUACAUAUUUAUGGAACACAUAAUUUGAUACAUGUAUCCCUGUGUAAUGAUCAAAUCAGUGUAAUGAACAUAUUUAUUAUUUCUUUGUGUUGGAAACCUUCAAAAUCUGCAGUUCUAUCUGCAAAUAAACAUUGAAUUGUUAUUGAUUAUAGUCAAUUUGUUGUGCUGUAGAACACUAGAGUGUGUUACUUCUGUUGUACUUUCUAUAUGUGUUAACAAAUCCAUAGCUGUUCCCUGCAUCCUUCCCUGUCUCUAGUCGCCACUAUUCUAUUCUCCACUUUUAUGAGACCAACUUUUUCGGCUUCCAUUUAUGAGUGAGAAUGUGUAUUCAUCUAGCUGACUAGCUGACAGGCACUCUUGCGGGGAGAGGGGGUUCCAUUUUCACAACAUCUGAAAAGAGCCUAACAGACAGAAAGGAAAUUUAAAUCUUUUUCUGUACAUUAGCCAGAAUCUGCCUUUUACAAUUAGCUUUUUUACAGUCUUGGAGAGUUCCUAAACAGGGGGAUGGGUAGCUGUGCAAGCUACCCUCCUCAGUUCUGGCCCAAAAUUAUACCUGAAGGGUGGAAUCAAUGACAAGAUCAUAAUCAUCAGUGACAAACUUGUCUGCUGCUUCUGUUAUGAGCCUAUGCUACAAAGAGGAGCCAUUUUGCAUUAAUUUCACAGUAUCAUGUAGAUUUGGCUAUCGCAAUAAAUCAUCUUCAUCCCCUUUACAACUUCUAAGUAAAAAGACAGAGUAUCUGAUUCUCUUUGCCAACAUUAUGUUCCUCUUUUUCAUUUCCAUAUUGGCCCUUUUACGUUUAGAACAGUAAAAUAAACUUUUUCUUCCUUCUGUCCUGAUCACUGGAUGAGAAAUUUUUCUCUAUCGUGAGUUCCACAUAGGUCUCCACCCUAACUAACACCAAUGUCAAACUGUUUAAUUUCUUUGAGAUAAUUGGCAACUUACUGACUUCUCUGAAAUUUGAUGUUUUUACCUCCAGUGAAUGAUAAUAAUACAGUUUAAAUGAAAAGUUUAACCCAGGAAAAUAGCUUUUCCACAGGACUGGGCUUCCCGUUUGGCCCUGACUCCCAAAUGGUGGUAUUUCCUGCUAACCCACUAGUAGCACAGGGUCUGGGGUAGAUGCUGAAACCUUUCUUGUUCCUUAUUGCCCUUCCCAAAUUCUUCUCC